UUCCUCAUGGCCGCAACGGUCAUUUUCUUCCUCCACUUCACAUUCUUCACCACCGUCUUCGCCGCUUCACCGGAAACAAAAGCUCUCACCUCCUUCAAACACUCUCUCCACGACCCUCUAGGAGCUCUCGACACCUGGAACGAGUCCUCCCCCUCCGCUCCCUGCGACUGGCACGGCGUCCUCUGCUCCUCCUCCCGCGUACGCGAGCUCCGCCUCCCCCGUCUCCGGCUCUCCGGCCACCUCACCCCGCGACUCGGCGAGUUGACUCAGCUCCGUAAACUCAGCCUCCACUCAAACGACAUAAACGGCGUCAUCCCGUCCACUCUCUCGCGCUGCGUCUUCCUCAGAGCCGUUUACCUUCACUACAACUCCUUCUCCGGCGAGUUUCCGCCGGAGAUACUCAACCUCCCUAAUCUCCAAGUCCUCAACGCCGCUCACAACUCCCUCACCGGAAGCUUAACAAACGUCACCGUCUCCAAAACCCUCCGUUACGUCGAUUUAUCUUCAAACGAAUUUUCCGGAGCCAUUCCGGCGAGUUUCUCGCCGGAAUCUUCUCUCCAUCUCCUCAACCUCUCCUACAACAAAUUCUCCGGUGAGAUACCGGCUUCCCUCGGUCACCUACAGAGCCUACAGUAUCUAUGGUUAGACUCUAACAACUUACAAGGAACAAUACCAUCAGCACUAUCCAACUGCUCCUCGCUGAAACACUUCUCCGCGUCCUUUAACUCCCUCACAGGCCUUGUGCCUGCGUCUCUCGGGAAGAUUCGGAGUCUCGAAGUGUUAUCACUCUCGGAAAACUCACUAACCGGUUUAGUCCCGGUUAGUCUUCUCUGCGGUUAUUACGGUUACAACAACUCAUCCUCCAUGCGGAUCAUUCAGUUAGGAGUUAAUAACUUCACGGGGCUAUCAACGCCGUCAAAUGAGGCAUGCGUGAAUUUAAAUCUCGAGGUUCUUGACCUUCACGGGAAUAGCAUUGAUGGCGAGUUUCCGACGUGGCUGUUGACCGGUUUGACCUCGUUAACGGUUUUGGAUAUUUCCGGAAACCGUUUCGCCGGCGAGUUUCCUGGUAACUUCGGGAACUUCACGGCGCUUCAGGAGGUUAAAGCAGCGAACAACUCCUUCGUCGGUGAAAUCCCGACGAGUAUAGGAGAAUGCAGGUCGUUGCGGGUCGUUGACUUUGAUGGAAACAAGCUCUCGGGUCAGAUUCCGAGUUUUCUUAGUCAGUUACAGUCUCUAAAAGUGUUAUCUCUCGGAAGAAACGGGUUCUCGGGUCGGAUCCCAACGGAUCUUAUACACGGACUUGAAGUGUUGACUCUCAACGAGAAUCAUCUCACGGGAGAUAUACCGUUGGAGAUAACGAAGCUAGCGAAUCUCAGCGUCCUUAAUCUCAGCUUCAACAGAUUUUCCGGUGAGAUUCCGAGCAAUGUAGGUGAUUUAAAGAGCUUGAGUGUUUUAAACCUUAGUGGAUGCGGGUUAACGGGUCGGAUUCCGGGUAGUAUCGCGGGUUUAAUGAAGCUUCGGGUUUUGGAUUUGAGUAAACAGAGAAUCUCCGGGGAGUUACCGGUUGAGCUUUUUGGCUUACCGGAUCUUCAAGUGGUUGGUUUGGGACAGAACGCUUUAACCGGCGUCGUACCGGAAGGUUUCAGUAGUUUGGUUAGUCUACGGUUCUUGAAUCUUAGUUCCAAUUUGUUUUCAGGACGUAUCCCUUCGACCUAUGGGUUUCUCAAGUCAUUGCAAGUGCUUUCUUUGUCUCAUAACCGGAUCUCCGGUUCUGUCCCGGUGGAGAUUGGGAAUUGCUCUAGUCUUGAGGUUCUUGAGCUCGGUUCGAACCGGUUAGAAGGUCACAUUCCGGUUCGUUUUUCAAAGUUAUCUCAUUUGAAGAAGCUUGAUUUGAGUCACAACAAGUUAACGGGGGAUAUUCCGGAGCAGAUUUCUAAGGACUCGUCUCUGGAGACUCUCCUGCUUAAUUCGAAUUCUCUAUCUGGUCCUAUACCGGAAUCGUUAUCAAGAUUGAGGAACUUAACCGGGUUGGAUCUUUCUUCAAACCGGUUUAACUCUACUAUACCAUCAAGCCUCUCUCAGCUUCAUUCCCUUAGCUACUUAAACUUAUCAAGAAACAGCUUAGAAGGGGAGAUUCCACAAGCUCUAGCAGCACGUUUCAACAACACAUCCGUCUUCUCCAAUAACCCGAGACUCUGCGGUAAACCGCUCGGUUUAGUAUGUGAAAACGUUAAGAGAAGGAGAAGAAGAAAGCUGAUCCUACUUAUAACACUAGCAGCAGCUGGAGCGUUGUUGCUAUUACUAUGUUGUUGCGGCUACGUGUUCAGUCUAUGGAGAUGGCGCAAGAAAAUAAGAUUAGGUUUGGGUUGGGACAAGAAAGGGACACCAUCACGUACCUCCGGUACUAGCUCCGGCGCCACAAGGGGAGAUGAUAACGGUGGACCUAAGCUAGUGAUGUUCAACAACAAGAUCUCAUUAGCUGAAACCUUAGAAGCAACAAGACAAUUCGACGAAGAAAACGUAUUAAGCAGAGGAAGAUACGGUUUGGUUUUCAAGGCCACCUUUAAAGACGGUAUGGUUUUAUCGGUACGUAGACUAAUGGACGGUGCUUCAAUAACCGACGCAACGUUCCGUAACCAAGCAGAGGCGUUAGGUAGAGUUAAACAUAAGAACAUCACUGUCUUGAGAGGCUAUUACUGCGGACCACCUGAUCUAAGACUUCUCGUUUACGACUACAUGCCUAACGGAAACCUCUCAACACUCUUGCAAGAAGCGUCUCACCAAGACGGUCAUGUCUUGAACUGGCCGAUGCGUCAUCUCAUCGCGUUAGGAAUCGCUAGAGGACUAUCUUUCUUGCAUUCUUUGUCUAUCAUCCACGGAGACUUAAAACCGCAAAACGUACUUUUCGACGCGGAUUUCGAAGCGCAUUUGUCGGAGUUCGGGUUAGAUAGGUUGACGGCGUUGACUCCAGCGGAAGAACCGUCUACUUCAUCCACCCCGGUCGGGUCUUUAGGCUACAUUGCACCUGAAGCGGCGUUAACGGGUCAGACGAGUAAAGAGAGUGAUGUCUAUAGCUUCGGGAUCGUGUUGUUAGAGAUCUUGACGGGUAAAAAAGCGGUGAUGUUUACUGAGGAUGAAGAUAUAGUGAAAUGGGUGAAGAGGCAGCUGCAAAAGGGACAGAUCGUUGAGUUGCUUGAACCGGGUUUGUUGGAGCUUGACCCGGAGAGUUCAGAGUGGGAAGAGUUUUUGUUGGGGAUUAAAGUUGGGUUGUUGUGUACUGGAGGAGACGUUGUUGAUCGUCCGUCUAUGUCCGAGGUUGUGUUCAUGCUCGAAGGGUGUAGAGUUGGUCCAGCGAUUUCUUUAUCAGCAGAUCCUACUUCACCUACUUCUCCAGCCGCAGCAGCAGCUUCUUGAAAUUGUUAUUUUUUCUUAAUAAAUUUUCCUUUGUGGAUAAUCUGUUGACUUUCUAUUGUAUCUUGUCAUGAGUAGGACAAUCAAAAAAGUUUAAGUUGUCUAAUCAAGGAAUGUAGGUGAAGUCAAUCAAGUUCAGUGAACAUGUAUUAUUUCCGGA